CAGUCGAAACAACCAAAAUUGGAGGAUCCUAUUAUGGCCCAGCCUAUUAGUAGCAAAUAUAUGGUUGGAGUGAUAGGAAGGGGAGGACAUUGAUCAACUUUCUUGUGAACUCUCCUCGUGGUACGGUGUUUCUUUCCUCUAUUGAUGCCUCUGAUGAGAUCAAGACGGGUGACAGAAUGUUUGAGAUACUUAGUGAGCAGAUUAAGCUUAUAGGACCUCAGAAUGUUGUUCAGAUCGUCACGGAUAAUCAUUCUAGUCUCAAAUAUGCAGGAGCGGAAUUGGAAAAAGAGUAUCCUCAUUUAUAUUGGACACCUUGUGCUGCUCAUUGUAUCAAUCUCAUGCUCAAGGAUAUUGGUAAACUACCAUCUGUGAAGCUAACCUUGAGUCGAGCUAUGGAGUUGACUGGAUUCAUCUACUCACAUGCUUGGGUUUUGAAGCUGAUGAGAGGUCAAACUAACGGCAGAGAGCUUCUUAGACCGGCGGUGACACGAUUUGCCACAUCAUUUAUGACUUUGUCAAGCAUCCAUCGACAGAAAAAUAACCUCAGAAAGAUGUUUAAUUUGGAGACAUUGAGGCAGAGUAAGUGGGCAAGAGAUUCAAAGGGCAAAUCAGCUGAAAGGAUGGUUCAUAUGCCAUCUUUCUGGAACAACAUUGUUCGUAUUCUCAAGCUGACGACUCCUCUUGUUGGUGUUCUGAAACUUGUUGAUGGUGACAAGAAGCCUGCUAUGGGAUACAUUUAUGAGGCGAUGGAUAGAUCUAAGGAGACUAUUGCUAAAGCCUUUGGUGAUGAUCUUUCAAAAUAUUCUGAGGUAUUUGAUAUCAUUGAUAAGAGGUGGUAGGAUCAUCUUCAUCGGUCUUUGCAUGCUGCAGGAUAUUACCUUAAUCCUGCAUUUUUCUAUGACCAUCCAAACAUCCAAGGGGAUGACGAAGUUAUGAAAGGUCUUUAUCAAGUCAUUGAGAAGAUGGUGCCCACACAAGAUCAAUAUAAGGUUGAUAGGCAGUUAGAUAUAGACAAACAUGCUGGGGGUCUUUUUGGUAUGGAGAUAGCUAAGAGAAAUAGAAAGAAGAAAUCUCCAGCUGAUUGGUGGGAGUCUUAUGGUGCAUCAGCACCAGAGUUGCAGAAGCUUGUUGUUAGAGUCAUCAGCCUUACUUGUAGCUCCUCUGGCUGUGAAAGAAAUUGGAGUACUUUUGAGCAAAUACACACCAAGAAGGGGAAUAAAUUGGAUCAUAAGAGGCUACAAGAUCUAGUUUACUGCAAGUACAACCAAGCUUUGAAGGAGAGAUAUGACUGCAGAGAUUCUAUUGAUCCGAUUAAGUUGGCUGAUAUAGAUGAAAGCAAUGAGUGGUUGUUAGGGCAGUUCGGUGAAGGUGAAAAUGCAGAGAAUGACUUGGUGGAGGGCGAGGACAACCUUACAUAUGGUGUCAUAAGAGAUGCGAUGGGAGUUGAAGAAGAUGAUGCUAUGUAUUUAAGAUCGACUAGUAGGUUUCGAGGAUCUUCAACUUCGAGUGGUAUUGGUUCUUCGUUGAGGAGGAGGGAGCCGGUUUCUGAGUCAGAAGAUGAAGAGGAGUUUAAUGAUGCAGAGGAGGAGAUUGAAGAGGAGGAUAUACCCGUAGAAGGGGAUGAUGAUGAUGUUGAUGAGGAUGAUUAGAAUCAUUAGGCUAUUAUUUUGCUACUUAUUUGCUUUAUUUAAUUAGAAUUAGAUUGCUUGCUUUGCUUUGAUUUGAUGCUAGUGAACUCCUUAAGUAUUCUAGCUGCUUUGUUUUUUUUUUUGUUUUGAUGGACAACUUGAUUUGCUUUAAUGAUUAAAACUUUUCUUGUGAUC